GUUUAAAUACUCUGUUUCCUUUUUCAAAACACUUGUUUGUCUCAGCAGAUUGUCGGUUUAUGUCUGCUUUUGGUGAUGAGGGUUUAACUUGAGCACAGUAUCAUGGAUGAGGACAGUAAACCGUUACUGGGGUCGGUCCCAACUGGAGAUUAUUACACUGAUUCACUGGACCCCAAACAAAGAAGGCCGUUCCAUGUGGAGCCCAGAAAUAUAGUAGGGGAAGAUGUUCAGGAGAGAGUGUCAGCUGAAGCUGCGGUGCUAAGCAGCAGAGUUCAUUACUACAGCCGUCUGACAGGCUCUUCAGACAGACUACUGGCACCUCCAGACCACGUGAUUCCUUCUCAUGAGGAUAUCUAUAUCUACAGUCCGCUGGGAACAGCGUUCAAAGUGCAGGGAGGAGACAGCCCUAUCAAAAACCCCAGCAUUGUCACAAUCUUUGCCAUAUGGAACACCAUGAUGGGAACAUCUAUAUUAAGUAUACCAUGGGGAAUAAAACAAGCUGGUUUUACAUUGGGCAUUAUCAUUAUUGUUCUUAUGGGCCUGUUGACGCUCUAUUGCUGCUACAGAGUGUUGAAGUCCACAAAAUCAAUUCCUUAUGUAGAUACCUCAGACUGGGAGUUUCCUGAUGUGUGUAAAUAUUACUUUGGGGGUUUCGGAAAAUGGUCCAGUCUCGUCUUCUCGUUGGUGUCACUGAUUGGUGCAAUGGUGGUCUACUGGGUGCUCAUGUCUAACUUCCUGUUCAAUACGGGAAAAUUCAUUUUCAACUAUGUUCACAAUGUCAACACAUCAGAUGCAUUUGGCACAAAUGGAACUGAGAGAGUCAUAUGUCCGUAUCCAGAUGUGGAUCCACAUGGGAACAGCAGCACCUCCCUGUACUCUGGAAGUGAUAACAGCACAGGUCUUGAGUUUGAUCAUUGGUGGAGUAAAACCAACACCAUCCCGUUUUACCUCAUCCUCCUGCUGCUGCCGCUGCUCAAUUUCCGCUCCGCUUCCUUCUUCGCCAGGUUCACUUUCUUGGGCACAAUAUCAGUGAUCUAUCUCAUUUUUCUGGUCACAUAUAAAGCCAUUCAAUUGGGCUUUCACCUGGAGUUUCACUGGUUUGAUUCAUCAAUGUUUUUUGUUCCAGAGUUCCGAACACUGUUUCCUCAGCUGAGUGGAGUUCUCACGUUGGCAUUUUUUAUUCAUAACUGCAUCAUCACCCUCAUGAAGAACAACAAACAUCAAGAGAACAACGUCCGGGAUCUGUCACUGGCGUACCUGCUGGUGGGAUUGACGUAUCUCUAUGUAGGAGUGCUGAUCUUUGCUGCUUUCCCAUCACCACCGUUGUCUAAAGAAUGCAUUGAACCAAACUUUCUGGAUAAUUUUCCCAGCAGUGACAUCCUGGUUUUUGUAGCGAGGACCUUCCUUCUGUUCCAGAUGACCACAGUGUAUCCUCUGCUCGGGUACCUGGUGCGUGUGCAGCUCAUGGGGCAGAUCUUUGGCAACCAUUACCCUGGUUUCCUCCAUGUGUUUGUUCUGAACGUCUUCGUUGUCGGCGCUGGAGUUCUGAUGGCCAGGUUUUACCCCAACAUUGGCUCCAUCAUCAGGUAUUCUGGGGCUUUAUGCGGCUUGGCUCUGGUGUUUGUUCUUCCCUCUCUGAUCCACAUGGUCUCGCUGAAGCGCAGAGGUGAGUUACGCUGGACCUCCACCCUCUUCCACGGCUUCCUCAUCCUGCUGGGUGUGGCCAAUCUGCUGGGACAGUUCUUCAUGUAACGCUGUGCCUGAUGAUAGCGGAGGAACUCUGUGUGGAGAGCUGAAACGGUUGCUUUUCACAGGAACGAUGACUUAGUACUGGAACUUAAUGAUCACAUCCCCAUGGGUUUGAAAAGGCACCAAGCAGCUUAGACAUUUUACAAGGGUUUAAUUAAAGU